GUAAAAGCCAGCACCCAGGGGAGGGAGUCUGUUGUGUCCCCACUGACCAUCACCGCUGAGAGUGUCACCUCAGCAACCACAACUCAAGUUACCAAGACUGUGAAAGGAGGCUACUCAGAGACCAGAAUCGAGAAACGGAUUAUAAUCACGGGAGAUGAUGAUGUGGACCAACAUCAGGCCCUUGCCAUGGCAAUCCAAGAGGCCAAGCAGCAGCACCCUGACAUGCUGGUGACAAAAGCAGUGGUUAUCAGGGAAACAGAUUCUCCCACUGAGGAGCUGCAGCAGAAAUCAGAGUCCUGAUUGGUCAUGGUGGCUCCUGAAACAGGGGAGACAGCAGAGGAUCCUCCAGCUGUGUGUCUCCUGCCCCACCUUGCAAUACACCACCAAGAGGACUCUCUAUCCCCACUGUGUAGACACCGACACAAGAACAGACUGCGUUCCAUGACGCAGUCAGUAGAACUACACUCCGAACCCUUUAGACAAACCAACUGUGACCCAGCCUCCCAUUCCAUCCCAACCCAUCCCUCCAGCCCUCCACCUUCUAAUGGAACAGAGAAUAUCUUCUACUGGAUAAUUUACCACUUGGUGUGUUGCAAGAUUAAAAGAGAAACCCAGUCAAUGCUCCUACUAUUUGAAUUCACCUCUGUUAGAAUUUCUUUGAAACUUUACUUGCAUAUUAUUUAAUUUUGACUCAUUUGAACCCUCAAUAUAAUUUAAAUAAAUGAGUUUUAACCCCAGACUCCCCAGCCCCAAAACCUUAAUCCUAAUAAAAUUACUUUCUGUUUUAAGGUCACACAUAUCUUCCCUGUACUACCAUCUCAUAUAAAAUGAAUAUAAAAAAGCAGAGGAUGGUUGAGUGGAAGUAUGGGGACAAUGCUGGUGGUGGGGGGUGGGUUGGGGAGGUUGGUGCCAAGUGGCAAAAGGCAGUCUUUUUGCUCGUUGUUGCCACCUCUUGGCCAUGACACCUUCAGUAUAAUCAGCAGCUGUCUUAUUAGCUUUUUACAUUUUUAUCUAUAGAGAAUCUAAUUUAUGUCCAGUGUUUGCUUGUUUAUGAAAUAUGUAUAAAAUCAGAUGACUAUAAUCUGCAUGAUUCAAUACAAAGAAUAUCUGAGGGAAAAAAAAAAUAUGUGAACACAUCCACAUUUGAAAUUCAUAAGAAGCUCUGAUGUGAUGGGACUAAGCACCUACGGAGAAACUGUUGAAAAAAAUAAAAAAUAAAACAACAACAAAAAAAGAAAAAAAAAACACUGGGCCAAUGAGAGGUGGACAAAUAUUAAUGUUGACAGACUCUACUGAAGAAUAUCAGGACAGUUCAGUGGACUACGGAACUCUGCUGUGGUCCAACAUACAAAACGUCACUGUCCUCGUCCUAUUUUUCCCACUUCACCGUUACUGUUUUCAUUUUGGUGUCAACUCGCCAUCAGAAAUGCUGGUCACAUGUUUUGGGCACAGUUAUAAGAUUUGUAGAAAAUUUAUAUGAAUAAUGUUUUAUCUAAUAGGUUUCAGAAAAGUGAUGAUAUGUUUUUACUGUUUUUUCUUACUUGAUUUACUGACUUUCACCGUGAAACAGAGUUUAUGUUAUUCUUGUGUUUUUGGACAUUUCAGUUGUCAUAUGCAAACAUGCUGAAAUCGCUCUUUAAUAUCCAGGCCAAGGACUAACUGAUGUUCCUGUCAGUAAUCAAUAGCAUCAUAUCCAUUCCUUGAACCAACUAUAAUUGGCCUCUUCAAGGCAGUGCAACAAACUUUAAACACAACAUUGAUGUAUCUUCACCUAUUAGUAAUCAGUUCUCUUUAAAAAUCCAGCAGAUGCAAGGCUAAAUUACCCUUCAUUUGGAGUCAUAUUUCUGACCACCUGAUGUGUCUGCAAUUUGGUGCUUAGCAGGUUAGCAGGUAGCAUGUAUGUGAUUUAUUAAUACUGGAAACAAGCACACAUAAGAGUGGACCAGUUGCAGACCAUGAAACCAAAACAACAAGCUGAAGAGGCUAAAAUACUUUGCAGAGCUGAGGGAAACCACUCAUUGUAGAGAGCUGGGUGACAAUUCUCUGUAGUUAAUAUUUUCACUUUAUUCAUAAUCAUUUGUCCCACUGUCAAUAUAAAAAUAUUCAGUAAUCCAACUUAAAACCAAGACUUAAUAUGCAGACAUUUGAUUUAUUCAUAAUAUAAAAACACUGGCCAUAGCAACUUGAAACAGUGACUUUAAUAAGCUAUGUUAAAAGAUAUAUUUUCUGGUUUUUGAAUAUGCAUGUUCACCAACGGCUGGGAAAGUUCAAACCCACAAGAGUAACAUGGUUACAUUUUUGUUGUUUUUCUGUUGUAUUAACUCUUUUAAGUUAUGGUGUAUGAGUUUGUAAUUGUAUUUAUAGGAGUGGUGAGUGUGAGGCCUGUGCUUUUCCUCCCUGUUUCCCCUUUCAGACAAAGCCGAGACUCAACGUGUAACACACAGUACAUGAAUAUCCACAGAACCUGUUGGCUGUCACGUAACAUAUAUCUUGGAUGACCUUUAAUACUAUACUAUGCAUCACUUAUCAUACAUAAAAAUCCCUCUGAUGGAGCCUGACCCAUGUUAGCUGUGUUGCUGUCAUUGUUAACUUUGUGCUACUGUUAACCGAAAGCAGUGAAGCGCACUGCUUGUGAGAUUUGCAAUAAGCAGCCAUUACUCUUAUCCUCUGUCCUCUAAAGGGAGAAAACUGUGAACUCUCAUGCGUACCGAAGCGUAACCAAAACCUGUAACACACAGUUAGUGAUAUUCAAAGGAGCUUUUCCAGCACUUGUGACCAUGGCUUUGUCAUCCUUGUCGUCUAACCCCCCCCAUCCCCCUGACUUGAAACUGUCGACCUGCUGUUGAUGUGUCUGUGGAAACAAGAGAUUCCCAAUCUGAUGAUUUGUAUAAUCUAUUUUGCUCUAUUUUAUUUUAUCUGGUCAUAUGACACUGGACUGUUGUGAAGGCACUUGCUUGCAAUGAUAGCAGCACAUAUACUGUAAACUGUUGGGAGAAAAAUAGUCUGUCUUCGUUGUAGUAUUGGACACACUACUGAUGGAAGAGAAAUGACUGCAGGCAUCAGGAGAGAAGUCGUGCACUGUGGGCGAGGUGGUGAGUUGAAGGAUGGAGGGCCUGUAUUUAUAUAUAAAUAUCCAUACCUCUGUAGAAAUUGAAAGGAGCAGGGAUGUGUUUUUAGGCUCAAGGGAUGAGGCAGCAAGUAAAAUCCGAAGGACAGCAGAGCAAUAGAAAUGUCACAUGAAUGGGUGCCUUAUGUUUGGAGUCGUGGUUAUGAGAGUCACAGUUAUCAGUGCACAGCUGAAAAUGCCGUUAAUCACCAUAGGGCAGAUGAAGAAAUGACCUCUCCUUUCAGUCCAAGGUGAGCAGGAGUUGUCCUGAGAGUGAAUAACUGUCUUGUAUAGAAUGUGACACCAAGUGCAGCAAAGAAGUCGUCUCUCUGAAUCUGGACUGUUAGUUCUCAGUGGGAUGAAAACAUUUAUUGGCCCUGUUAAUGCAGAAAACCAGCACAGUACCGAUUAUGGAUAUGAGCUCUUUUUAAUUUCAGUGAAGAGCAUCAAACUGCUCCGCUGUUUAGCCUCCACCUUCAGUUAUCCACUGCCUCUUGCUCUACAUUCCCCUAGUGCUCGGUGGUGUGUAUUUGCUGUAUUUGCAUUCAGUCUAAAUGGAAAACAUACAUGCAUAAAUAAAUGUCUCAGUAUGACUCAAA